AUGAGACAUCGGAGCAGCCUCAUGGGCGAGAGACCCUACCCAUGCUCUGAGGGUAGGAAAAGCUUCAGCCAGAGCUCCUCGCUUAUUAGACAUGAGAGAAUCCACACAGGAGAGACCCUGUUCGCGUGCGCCGAGUGUGGGAGACGCUUUAGCCAGCGCUCAUCCCUGGUCACCCACCGGAGAAUCCACACCGGCGAGACGCCCUACACCUGUGCUGAGUGUUGGCAAAGCUUCAGGCAGAGCUCAAACCUCAUCACGCACUGGAGGAUCCACACCAGCGAGAUGCCCUACACCUGCGCCGAGUGUGGGAAACGCUUCGGUCAGAGCUCGACCUUCAUUCGACAUCAGACCAUCCACACCGGCGAGACACCCCACACCUGCGCCAAGUGCCGAAAAAGCUUCAGGCAGAGCUCAAACCUCAUCACACAUUGGAGGAUCCACACUGGGGAGAUACCCUACGCCUGCGCCGAGUGCGGGAAAAGCUUCAGUUGA